AUGGAGGCAGUUUUGCAAUCAGUAUCCCCACUUUCUACAUUUAUGUGGGAUUCACCACAUGCAGAGUUAGUGCCACCGGGUUUCACCCCUGGGUCUGUCGCGGACGCCAUGCUGCAUAUCAGUGAUCUGACGCUCCGAUUUGAUGUGCUAGCAAAAUCUGUUGACUACUCCUUUCACCCCGUGCGUCGUGCGAUGGAAAGCCACCCCAUUCACACGAGGGCGUUGCACAAGCGUCAGUUUGAUGUCAUGCGUUACGGUAUGGUUCUGGAUGAGGUGGAGCGGCUUGUGCUUGUGCCUAUGCCUCAGCUGUGCGGUGACACAGGGGUGAAGGUUUCCCACGAGUACGCUGCCAUUUUUGGUGGUAACUUCAACGAAGCACCCUGCGCUGCUCACCCCAUUCUGCCUGAAUACUGCUUUGUUGUUUACCAACUGCCAGAGAGCGGCAAUACGAGUGAUAAGACUAUUCCUACUGCGCUGUUUCGCAUGGUUUUUCGAAAUGAGUCCUUUAACGAGCACGUGAAGAUGCAUUUGGUGAGGGAUUUUCCUCUCUUUCGCCUGCGUUCCGUGUAUGUGUCGCACAAACAGUACUAUUCCCUUCAACGACAGCUUGAACUGUACGCAAAGGCGUCAGCCUCCAGUGAAAGUCUACCGGAUCGUGCCUUGGAAGAUACUCUUGGAAUUUCAGGCAUUCGGCGUAUGUUUGACGCAUGGUUGAUGGUACUGGAAGGUAUUGCACCUGCAUGGCUUGAGGACAAGGGGGUUGGCCCAGAUAUUGUUACCCUGUUUCUUGCCUCACAUCGUCCUGUGGGCAAGUAUGAUGUAAAAGAAACUCUUGAAGCCUAUACACAACUCCCUAUGGAUAAUCGUGUGCGGUGCUCGUAUUAUGCAACAGGUGAACGGAUGCGGCAACGGGUUUAUGUAAUGCAACGAUUUCCAGAUAUGAUUAACAAGUGGCGACAGGGCGCAUACGAUAUUCGCUACUUUGGCCAGGAAUUAACAGGUCCUGAACCAAUUGCUCAGGUGGCUCAUUGCAUUCGUAUGCUUUUAUGUCGAAGGAAACCAGGAAUAAAUUAUAUUGAAGAUGAUGAAAUUGCUGCUUUUGUGCCAAGAGACGAUGAGUGUGCGCCGUUGCAGGUGUACAACACUCUGGCAGCUGAACGUUUGCGUCUCUGGGUAUUAAAAGGUCUUCUAACCGCGGAACUACACGGUGUUCACUGCUUGAUGCUUGAAUUUGACACAGCCAUGGUGGUAUCGAUGUGUGUGGGUCUUCUUUGGGGCAGUGGUGAGGAGGAUCGCCAGGAGGAAGUUGUGUUUCAUGUAUGUAAGAUUAUUGUGGAGACGGUGGAGGAUUAUGUACAGCACAGUGGUAUCAUUUGGCAGGUUAUUAUUGUCACUUCGGAUGAAAACUCGCUGAAGUCGUCCAUGCUCUGUCGAGAAAUUCUGGAGGUGACGCAGAUGGCAAAAACCCGCAUUGAGAUUGAGGAGCGGCAACGCAUUUCUGCUAGUAAAGGAGCGUCCUCCGUACCCUCUGAUGCCGGCGUUACUGUCCAAGAAGAGGCGGAGGAGGUGGAGCAAGACGAAGAUGAAAACAAGAAGGCAAGAAGAGGCGAGGAAAAACCUCCAGCGGCUCCCUUGUGUGAGAAGAGAGCGAUUACCACUGCAGUCUUGGCCAUGGUCAAGGGUGCCACUUUCAAUCAAGGCCCCUUUGACAAGGUUGGAAAGUUCUCGGAGAGUAUCAGGGAACGUGCGGCGCGUUCUGGUGUCCGCAUCUCCGACGCCGAAUUGUACCCCAUCUUCCUUGCCAUCUCUGCUGGUGAGGAGACAGUUCUCAUAAGUGAUGUGGUGCAACUCAUCCUUGAAAAAGAGUUGGAGGCAAGCGGAAGUCAUCGCAGCACUCUUUGCAGGGAAACCCGUCUACUCUGGCCACAUGACCACCCCAUUUGUGCGUUGGAUAGCUGCGGUGUUCCAUGUAACGAAACCGUAGUGUGGAAUUUUGUAAAGAGCUUUCAAAGACGCCCAUACCGCGCCAAAGCAGAGGACUACAGGGCCACCAUCGGACAAGCCCCUGACAGUGCCUCGAAGCCACCGGAGACCCUCAGCUACGUGGAGUUUUCUCUAAUGAUGUUGGCGUUGGCACGACAAUAG